AGAACGAAAGCUGUGGGUUCCGGUUCUGUCGACAGUGAGACACAGCUGAAGGAGAACUAGUAGGACGCCGGUGUUGCUCCUGAUUCGCUUCUGUACCGACAGGAGCGACCGAGGAUCAUGCUGAGGCUGCUUCUGAGAGGCGCCGCGGGCCCCGCGCGGAGGAACGGCGGCAGAAGUUCUGUGGUUCACCUGCAGCCCCCCAGGCAGUACAGCACCUCGUCCCAGGGCAGCGGGGCUGCGAAGGUGGUGGCCGCCAGCCUGCUGAGCGUGGGUGGAGGGGUCGGAGGCACCAUUCUGUACGCCCAGUGGGACCCCAAGUUCAGAGCAGCGGUGGAGAAGAACGUUCCCUACUCCGACUCGGUGUUUGGUCUAGUCCUGGGACCUGCUCCUCAGAAUGCCGGCCACCCCAUCAGAAAGCAGCUGGAGUCCACUCGGCCUCAAUCCAUGCUGGAGAAACAAGCCAAGACCUCCAAGGUCCAGUCAGAGAAGAAAGUAAAGGGGGCCGCCCAAACGGGGUCCACAGAGCCCACUCCCUCCGUGUCGCCCCCUGCUGUCACCAUGGAGGGAGCUUCAGCCGAGGCCACCCAGAUCAUCUCUGCCAGCAGCGACGUCCCUUCAGUCCCGGCGCCGUUUGACACCCAACCCACAGCGGUCACAGAGCACUGCGACGAGUGUCACCACGUUGGCUCAGAGGCGGCCCACAGCGGCGCCGAUUCGCCCGCCGGGUCCACAGAACAGCUGGUGGAGCGUCCGGCCGAGGAGGUGUCGGCCCGUCUGGCCCAACAGGACCAGGAUGAGCAGAACGUUUUAGCAGCGGUGUCCAGCAGUCUGGAGGAAUCUCUGGCCUGUUCAGCCAGAGCAGCGCUGCAGGCCAUCGGAGCCCAGGAGGCGGCGCUGCAGGCCAUCAACCAGCACACGCAGAAGCUGAAGGAGGCCAUGGAAGCAGAGCAGAGUCCUCCCGAGGAGAAGUCCGUCCAGUGGAAGGAUCUAGAAGCUGCUCUGAUGGACCGGACCUCUGCUGUGACGGACGCGACAGCUGCCCUUCAGAAAGCCAAGGAAGCUCUGGAUGGUCUGAGGGCCACCAUCAACGGCUCCAAAGACCUGAAGGUGGCCGCCGUCCGCCCGCUGGUCCUGGCAGCUGAAGAGAACCUGCAUAAGAUGGUGGUGGACCUGGACAGAGUCGUGGCUCAGGUGCAGUCGGCUGAGGUGGAGUCCAAGAUCGUGUCCCAGUACAGUGACCUGGUCCAGGAAGCCAAGCAGCAGUUCCAGAAGGAGGUCAGCAGCCUGACUCCAGAGAUCCAAGCCAACUGGAAAGGCCUCACGGGGAAGCUGUCCACGGACGACCUGAACGCCCUGAUUGCCCACGCUCACCGCCGGAUCGACCAGCUGAACCGAGAGCUGGCAGAGCAGAGAGUCCGGGAGCAGGUCCACAUCGAUGCGGCUCUGCAGCAGCAGAAGCUGGAGGACCAGAGAGUGCUGGAGAGGGCCGUCAGCUCCUCACUGCAGCACGUGAAGGAGGAGGCCCGGCUGGAGCAAGAAAGAAAGAUGAACGAAGUGAGGGAGGUGAUGGAGGCGGAGAUGAGGACUCAGCUGCGGCGUCAAGCGGCGGCUCACACGGACCACGUCCGAGAUGUGCUGAAGGUCCAGGAGCAGGAGCUGCGAGCUGAAGCUGAGCAGAUUCUGAGCAGUAAACUCCUGGAGCAGGACACUCUGCACCGUCAGCUGACCCAGGAACAGCUGGACAGCUUCACUCUGGACAUGAAUGCUGCAUAUGCUCGCCUGAAGGGGGUGGAGGAGGCCAUCGACAGUCACCUGGUGGCGGAGGACGAGGCCCGCAGAGCUCAUCAGCUGUGGCUUUCUGUGGAAGCCCUCAACCACACCUUGAAGACCGCCGGCACUGAGGAGCCCAGCGUGCCUCUGGACAGCGCAGCCCAAAUGGUGCGCGACAGCUGCAGGCAAGAUGACUUCGCCUCAGCCCUGGCAGAGGCUCUUCCUGCAGAGUCGCUGUCACGCGGUGUGUACGGCGAGGCUUCCCUCAGAGCCCGCUUCAACUCCCUACGGUCGCUGGUGCUUAGGGUGGCACUCAUCGACGAAUCCCACAACUCUCUGUACCAGUACUUCCUGUCCUACCUUCAGGCGGCACUUCUCUUUGAGGACCAGCAGGCGGCCCCUCCCACACAGCUGAGCAGCGAGGACUUGGACACGUUCAAGCUUUUGUCAUAUGCGAGCUACUGCCUGGAGCACGGAGACCUGGAGCUCGCGGCUAAGUUGGUGAACCAGUUGAAGGGUGAAUCCAGGAGGGUGGUGGAGGACUGGCUGACGGAAGCCAGACUCACGCUGGAGACCAGGCAGGUGGUCAGCCUGCUGUCGGCUUAUGCCAAUGCCGUAGGCCUUGGCACCACCCAGGCUCCGUGACCCUCUGUUGAAGAGGGGCCUGGAGGCCUUCCAAAGAGCCCCAGUUUUCUUGAAGGAUGUCGGUGAAGAACAGCAGCUGUCCAAAGCUUGGACCAGGGGGUUGGGGGAAUUGAAAUGGUCAGAUUGCAAAAGAAUAAUCGUCUCAUUUCAGUAAUAUUUUCUGUCACAAAACAAGUUUCCUCGUGUUAAUCUGUAAUCACACUGUGUUCCUGUGAAUAAUACACAAACUCAAUAAAUUGUGAACCGGAAAGCUG